AUUGAAAUGGCUGACGACGACGUUGCUGCUUUGGUUGUGGACAAUGGCUCCGGUAUGUGUAAGGCUGGUUUUGCAGGAGACGAUGCUCCCCGUGCAGUGUUUCCCUCCAUCGUCGGUCGCCCAAGACAUCAGGGUGUGAUGGUUGGUAUGGGUCAGAAAGACUCGUAUGUCGGCGAUGAGGCUCAGAGCAAGCGAGGUAUUCUGACUCUGAAAUAUCCCAUUGAACACGGCAUCGUAACCAAUUGGGAUGACAUGGAGAAGAUCUGGCAUCACACCUUCUACAACGAGUUGCGUGUAGCGCCCGAGGAACACCCAGUUCUGCUAACAGAAGCUCCGCUAAACCCAAAAGCCAACAGAGAAAAAAUGACACAGAUUAUGUUCGAGACGUUCAACUCCCCAGCCAUGUAUGUAGCUAUCCAGGCUGUGUUGUCUCUCUACGCCUCUGGUCGAACAACCGGUAUCGUCUUUGACAGCGGAGAUGGUGUCAGUCACACAGUUCCCAUCUACGAGGGCUACGCUCUUCCCCACGCCAUCCUUCGCCUCGAU